AUCGUGCACCCGGAAUUGUCGAUAUAAACAAAAACAAAUAAAAACGACGCAUAACAAAGCUGCAAAACAAAAACAAUUGUUUUGAAAAUGUGAAAAAUAUAUAGUUAUGAGAAAUUGGACAAAUAUGCCUUGUUCGUUGAACGAAGUGAUAUCUUUACUCAAAUUCAUUUUGUUUCUUAUACUAUUCCAUGAAAGCACUGGAGACUUUCAUCGCUACAACGGAGAACUGUUUAUCCAGAACGUGGAAAGGGGAGAAAAAUUUAAAAAUGACCUUGAACAGAAGAGUCGUUUGCCACGCUACGGUAAUUGUUGGAUGCAGAGCUUGGAACAUUUGAGAAACGGAUGCCGAAUAUUAACCGAUUCGAUUCAGGUCGAUAUGGCGUUACGCUUAACCGAUUGCUUCCUGGAAAUGUCGGGCCAGGAUCGACUGAACUGUGUCUCGGAGCGAACGGAGAGUUUGAAACGUCUGUGCAUGAGUGAGAUGGGGGAUCAACCGUUCGCGGUCUACAGCGAUUAUUUCAUACAGGCACAGGAUAUGUGCUUUUUCCUGGAAAGCCAAAAGUGGCAGCAAGAAGCGGAGAAUACGAUUGACACAUUGAAUUCCAAGUCAAAAGAGAUCAGUGAAUGGUUGAAUGCUGCUAGUAAAAUCCAACAUGUCAUUCUGGAGCAGCAGAAAGCGGAAUUGACACUUCAGGAAGAAAUGUUAGGAAUUGGGAGCAAUCUUUCGCGUGUGCUGAUUGAUGCUCAACAAUCAUUCGAUAAACUGAACGCAGAUUUUCGUAAUUCCUCCCAGAGGCAUAAAUCUAUGCUGACAGAUCUUUCUCUAGGAACUAACUUGUUGCACAGUUGGAUAAUAGAACGGUUUAGCAUUGUGGAUUGCCUUCUGCUUUACGCGUGCUCUCUGUUGGUGAUUAUAAUUGGCACUUCUUUGAAGCGCACGGCUAAUUCUCGGGUAUAUUUUCUGCUUUGUUUAGCGGUGACUGGCUGCCUCGAGAUGGCUAUUUCAAAAUUAAAUCUCAAAUCAGAAUCCCCAUUGAAUAACAAGGUAAUUUGGACGUUUCGGAUUGUCUUCAUCGUAAGCAGUUGUUGUAUUUUGAGGGUUUUGUACAAUCGUUAUGAAGAUUUGAAUGAAAAGCUGCUGAACGACAUCAAAGAGCAGAAUCGUCAAAUAAUGGAUUAUCUACUUCAAAUGAAAUUUGAUAGCCAACGUAAUCAAACGAACGUGAAGGAAUCCCAUUCCAUGUAUAGUUUUAGCGUGGCAGCAAGCGACAGUCGUAAAAGUAUUCUUGAUCCUCUCUUCGGACAAACAUUGCAGGAACCGGCUACGGAGUCUGCUACAGGCUAUGAGAAGGAGAACAGCUCUAAUGAUCGUCGUUCGACUAGCAGGUCAACGAAGCUAACUCCAGAAAGGAAAACGGCUGAACAGUCGAGUUUUUCACGGUUGUCGAGAUAUAACUUAAGGAGAAAAACAAUUAAUUCCAGUAAUUAGUUUGGUUUUGUUUCGUAUUAUUACAUUCCAAAUUGCGGGGCUCAGAAUGCAAGGGGUGUAAGUGACUUGAUCGAUUUCUCUUCAUCAACUUUUUAUUUAGUUAAUAACUCAACUGCAAAAACGUUCCAAUUUAAGUUUGCUCUACAAUCCGAUAGAUGAGGUUCUGACCUAUGUUCCACAUUGUCAAAUACAGCUGGGAAUGUAUUUUCAGCUAAGUUAUGACCUAAAGAGAGAGUCGAUGUAGAGAAAUCGAUCAAAUCACUUACACCCCUUUCAUUCUAAGCCCCUCAAUUGACUAUAGUAUUUUAUGAGAUUUUAUAUGAAAUGCAAAACAUUUUAAUUGUUGAAUAUCAAUAAUAAAGAUUAAUGAUGUAUUACAAUGUUAUAUAUUUUAACCAUCGUAUUGUACCGAAAUGACAAAAGUUUUACACUUUUGUUGAACACGACGUUUUACACGAUUGCGUUUAAGAGAUUUGUCAAUAUCCGAUUACAUUAUGGAAUACAUAUAGGUUUUGAAUUGAAAUAGAGCGUGUUUCGGUCAAAAAUGAUGCGGAAUUUGCGAUGACGACAUUGAGCUUCGUUUUCCCAAAUAUUCAUAUCAAAUAGGUAU